CUUUCAUUUGAAACUAGAAAAAAAAACCCCGAAAAUCGAAGCCAUAUAAUUAUUCGUCCACAAAUCUCAUCUGUAUUUUGGCGACAGAUUCUAGCUCUAGACAAAAGCACAUCGGUAGAUACAAAGGCCGCUCCAUUUUGCAGCAUUCUUAAAAAGAGUUAAUUAUAGACAAACAGAUUUUGGCUAAAAUAAUAUUUCUUAAAAUAUUAUGAAUAUUAAAACUUUUUAUUUUGAAAUAAUCUUAAGAAUGCCAAAUGAUCUUAAAUUGGUAAAAUAUUCACAUAUUUUAGAUGCUCACGCAUGCCGCCCUUAAAUCUGAUAAAGGUCGACAGUACACCAGCAUGAUGGUCCUAUCGGAACGCCAUAGAAUUCGGCUUAGUGGUCGAUGACCUGUGCUAUUUAUCGUCCACAGCUUAAUUCGCUGGGGUUUAAAGUAGUGUAAACAAGCACAUGUUUACUUCAAGAUGGAAGUGUUUCCUAAAAUAUUAUUGAUUUUACAAACAGUUCUACCAGUUAUAGGAAUUUUUAUUUUAUAUUAUGUUGUUUCGUGUAUUAUCUAUUUACGCCGAGCAAACCAGAGAUUUUGUGGAGCAAAAGGGCCAACAAAAUGUCACUGGUUGUUCGGAAGUUUCGUUCAUUUCCCAGCCGAUGCCCAUGAAAGGGCGAUGUACCUUGUUGAAAUGGCAAACACCUAUGGCAGCGAUCAAGGGUACGUUCUACUAUGGGGCAUUUUCAAGAAACCAAUUGUGGUGCCCUGUAGUCCAAAAGUGAUGGGGAGUAUAUGCAAAAGUAACGAACCAAAGUCAAAAGGACUCGGGGGCUCUUAUCGGUUUUUACUGCCGUGGCUUGGUGAAGGUUUGCUUGUUGCCAACGGAGAAAAAUGGGUGCGAAACAGACGUCUGCUAACUCCCGCCUUCCACUUCGAGAUUCUAAAGCCUUACACCAAAGUGUUUAACCAGUCAGCUGAUAUACUUGUGAAAAAGCUGAUGAAGAAAGCAGAAUGUUGCGAGAGGUUUGAUGUUUUUCAGCAAAUAAGUUUAUGCACGUUGGAGGUCAUACUCAAAUGCGCUUUUUCAUACAGUAAAGAUGUACAGAGUGCUGGAGAGGCUAAUCCAUAUGUGAAAGCAGUCAACAGAUUAACAGACGCUGUCAUAUAUAGAUUUCUGCGUCCUAUAACCUUCUUUGACACUAUAUGGAAUAUCUGUUCAGUGGGGCGACAGUUUAAGAAAGACUGUGAAUUUGUUCACUCCGUGGCGGAGGAAAUUAUCGACAAGCGGAGAAAAACACUGGAACAGACCGGAAGUUCCAAGAGUAGUCGGUACAUUGACUUUCUGGAUAUCCUUCUAACUGCGAGGGAUGAGGAGGGUCGAAGUCUCACAAGACUGGAAAUCCGGAACGAAGUGGACACAUUUUUGUUUGAAGGUUAUGACACAACAGCUAGUGCUAUAUCGUGGAUCCUGUAUUCUUUGGCGGAAAAUACCGAAUGUCAGCGGAAAUGUCAGGCGGAGAUUGACGAAGUACUCGACGAUAGGGAAACCGAUGAUCUAGAAUGGUCAGAUUUAAAUCAGCUGGAAUACCUAACAAUGUGUAUCAAAGAAGGUAUGCGUUUACAUUCCCCGGUACCUGGUGUGAGCCGCGAAACAACACAAGACUUUGAUCUUGGCGACAGAGUAGUCCCUGAAGGAACAAUUUUCAUUUUGAGUAUUUGGAUUUUAAAUCACAUGGAAAAUGUUUGGGGUCCAGAUCACAUGGAGUUCAAACCAGAACGAUUCUCUAAAGAAAACAUCGACAAGAUUGAACAUUUCCAGUAUGUGCCGUUUUCAGCAGGACCAAGGAACUGUAUUGGACAGAACUUUGCCUUGAACGAAGAAAAGGUUGUAUUGUCAAAGUUAUUGAGAAAGUAAGUAAAUUAGUAUUUA